AUGUUCAAUUUGGAAAGGCUACUCACUAUCAUUUGUGUCCUUCUUUUAAACCUUGGCUAUGUCACACCGACGCUUGCCGAGUUCCUUCAACUUUUAAAGAAUGCAGAGGAACAGAGAAUAGCAUAUAUAGACUGUUUUCAUAGUAUCACUCACACGGGGAUUUUUAUCUUUAAUUCGGACGAAAGCAUACCCUCAACCCAAUGUGACGUUACUGUAGAAGUGCCAAGAGGUAGCAUGGUUUACGUGCGGCCCACAGAAAGGACAUGCGAGAUGUCGUCAAGCGCGAACAUCUCCACAAUGUGCGACCGACCGCAUCAGGAAGAGCAACUAGGCGCCGGCAGUCAUCAUUUCCUUUUUGAUUCCACUGAAUCACUGAGCAUCCAAGUAAUCAUCACGCCGAUUAUCAGACUUGGUUGUGGCGAAUGGGCUAAAAACCUAUAUGAACUUGUUGGCUCUACUAUUGUUAUGGAGAAUAGCGAUAGUAGUAAGUACUGUAUGGUUCAACUACCACCGUCCCUAAAAAUCACAUGGGUCAGCUUUGAGACGGAAAGCCGAAAAAAGCCGUGUUGUCCUGAUAUAUUUACGGCGUCCGCGGAUCUGGACCAAAAUCCGAUAUCUUACAGUGAUUCAUUCAACGCCUGUGAUUUGCGUAAUACUCGCCCAUCUGUAAUCACAAAUUGUGAAUCUACAUUUAUGUUUCUUCGCCAGUCGGCUCUAUAUGACCGUGCCUUUUUUCGAAUAGAGGCACGGCCGAAGACAAAUGUGACUAAAUGUAUUGCACCUGUCAUUGAGCCAGAACCAUCAGACUACCUUUGCCUGAAAAAGCCGAAAUCCAGCAAAAAAUCAAAGUCCAAAACAAAAUCGCUGUUAUCCUUCUAA